AUGGGUCGCGGAAAGUUAUCGAUGGAACUGAUAAAGAAAGAGAAGUCUCGAAUGGUGACUUAUCAGAAAAGGAAGAAGGGUUUGGAGAAGAAGGUUCAAGAGUUUGCAACUCUGUGCGGAAUUCCUACGUGCAUGAUCAUUUACAGGCCCAAGUUGAACAAUCGUCCGGCAGAGAUGGAGACGUUUCCCAAGAACCGUGAGGAUUUUCUCCAAGUUAUAGAUUUGUUUAGAGAGAAAGCAGCUUUAUCCGAUCGUGGGAUGAAGAGUUUAAACUUGUUUGAUUUCUUCGUGAACAGGAGGAGAAAACUUGAACAAAAAAUUGAAAAAAUUCGGAAGGAUAAUUUGGAAGGGAAGUUCCCUUGUGCUUGGAGUGAUCGUUUAGAGAAUUCUUCCGAUGAUCAACUCAAUCAUCUUCUCGUUAAAUUCGACGCCAUUCUUGAAGUUGCAAGAAGAAAAAUUGCAAUUCUCAAGGAAGAAAAAGAUUUAAUGGACGGCUGCAACAAUGGUCAGCCUUUGCUCCAGGAAAAUCAUAAAAUGGAAGAAGUAGAAAUAAUGAACAAUUCGAUGAAUUUUAUGAUGAACAAUAGGCAAAUUAAUCUUCCAUUUUAUCCUCCUAAUCAGGCUCUCCAUAUGCAACCGUUUGAUCUUAAUCCUCUGAAUAAUUCGAUGAAUUUUAUGAUGAUGAAUCAAAAUACAAACUACCCACAAUUAGUCAAGUCGACGUACUAUGAUCCCAUGGCAGCAAUGCUAGAAAAUCCAAUGCCUGUGAAUUUCUUUGGUUCAAGUCUGCAGCCAUUUUUGCCUUAUGAGCAAUUUCCUUUUCUACAGAAAUUUUCGUCUCAAAUGCAGCAUCAGCAUGCCUCUCAGUUUAAUCCUAAUUUCCAAUUUGACAUGAACCAAUUCGGGGCCAAUAGCAAGAGAAGAAGGCUGUAG